GUGCGAUGCACAACCAAAAACUCAAACAUAUCCAGGCUGAUUUUGUUGUUGUUUUUUUUUGUUUUUUUUGGGGGGGUCCAUAAAGACAAGCGAGGCGAAAUGGACAACCCCAAUAUAAAGUCCUCCGUUAACGACUCCCGCUGUGUAUUUUUUAACACGCAUUCAGAGGACUAUCGCUGCGUGGUGAUAUUAACAGUGAAAAGAGCCACGGGAACAUUCUCAUUGGUGGGAUGCAUGUUCAUGCUCUUUGUGAUUUGGCUGCUUCGCCGCUACCACUCGUUGGCGCAGAAGAUGAUUCUAAGCCUGUCUGUUGCCGCCUUCUUUGACAGCCUAGCGUAUGUCAUGGGUGAAUCCCACCCUGAGGGAUCUCUAUGUGACUUCCAAGCCUGGUGGCUAACAUACUUUGACUGGAGCGCCUUGGCCUGGGUUUGCCUCAUCACGCUGAACCUGUACUUGAACCUGGUCAAGGAGAUGAGCACUCACACUUACGAAACGUUCUACCAUCUGAUAGCGUGGGGGGUGCCCCUGCUCAUGUCCUCCUUGCCGCUGCUCAAAGGUUACUACGGCCCAGCAGGAGCCUGGUGCUGGAUCACAGACGAUCACGUAGCCUGGAGAUUUGGGAUAUGGUACGUGCCUCUGUUCACACUCAUCCUGCUGAUGAUCUGCUGCUACGCCAGGAUCGUCUGCGUGGCCAAUAACCGGAUGCAGUCGUGGCUGGGAACAUUCAACCCGGAGCGAGAGAGACGAAAGGUUUCGCUGGCCGAGGAGAUCAAGCCGCUCAAGUGGUAUCCGUCUGUUUACCUGCUGGUGUCCAUCUUCCCGCUCAUCAACAGGCUCCAUAACGCCCUCUACCCGCUGGCUCCGUCCUUCUCCCUCACCCUGUUGCACGUGCUCUCCGCGCCACUGCACGGCUUGGCCAACGCCUUCGUCUUCGGGCUGGAUCGGGAAUGGCGGAGCCUGCUGAGUCCCACCGGUAUGCAGCUCGCUCUGCGGUCGCGGCUGUGUGACGGGACGCGGAUCGGCGAGUACCACGCCGGGACCGUGCGCUACGCCCGAGCCGACUCGGCCGACCUGAGCGACGACGACGACACGCUCUUCUACGCUCCAAACAUGACCCUGAAAGACCGAGGGCCCUGAGGGAGACCGAGACGGCCAGGACGGGCGGGAGGAGGACGCGGCUUCCUGACAAAGAGAAAUGCGCUGGAUUAGAAAGCGAGCGGGAGGCAAAGGAGGUUGGCAGAGAAUGGAAGGCAAGAUCGGGGGGAAAGUCAGGCAGAUAGAAGCCGGAGAUGAGCUGUCAGGUUCCAUUAUUAAUCCCCAUCCUUUACUAUUUAAUAUCCUAAAGACGCGCGCGCACACAUACUGAGCAGGGCCGCCUGCAAUUCCGCAAGCUCGGGACCAAAAAAAACCCAAAACGAUCCUUGCGGUGCGGUGUUAAAAAGGCUUCCGCUGCAUCCCCGAGGUCUUAAAACAUUCCUCAUCGCUGCCCCCGGGACUCCCUCAAUCCGCACUUUUGGCACAGCACCAAGAUGGAGGGGGGAGGGGGGGGAAAAAACGCUGAAAGGCAAUCAUAACAAGUCGCAAUUACCUUUUCACCUCUCUGCAGGAGACGAGGUGGAAAAGCAGGCCUUUUUCAAGCGGCGGCGCGUGCCGCUCGCUGGCGCACGCAUAAUUGCCGUAUUCUGCGGCACCGCGACUUCCCUCGCUUAUUUAUACAUGAGCCGCUGCUCAGCGGGAAACCAACAUUCGCCUUUCCUGCCUUGGACAGGAUUUGUUUCUGCCUUCUGACACCCAAAACACGCAUGUCCAUUUAGCAUUGUUUUUUUAAAGCAAUAUUGUUUUGUAACUACAGAUGAGCAUUGGACUAAAAUUCUCGUUUCCAAAAGAACGGGGAAAAACUCACCGAACCAUUAGUCGAUUUUGGGGAGCAUCUCUGAAUGCGCUGAACUCUGCUCGAGAGGGAAUAAGCAGCGCCUCCGCUGGUUGCGGCCAAGUCGCGCGCUUCGUUUUCUCAAGCGGAGUACACGCAUCCAUUUUGAACAUUCUUCUUCUUCUUCUUUGCCGAUUUCUAUGAGCUGUCUCCAAAUGCUCCUGUAAAAGGGGAAUUAACCUCAGAAACAUUUUGGUUUGAACCCAAAUUUUAUGUUGCCCAACAUGGCUGACAUAGAUGAAAAUUGAUGAAUUCAUCUGUUUAAUUCUUAUUCCACAAACGCAAUAGCAAUCACGGUACCGUGCUUCAACCCGUGAUCCUGAUCCCGCCGGUCCUUCCGAAUGGUUCUUCACACCCGUUUUUGUUUUUUUCCCCACUUUUUCAAACGUGUGGCAGAUGACCAACGCAGCGCAUCGCGCACAGAAUGAUAUCUGUCAAAGUACUGAGACGAACCUGGAGAGGCAGCGUCGUGUCACAAGGCAUUCAUUCACACUGAGGGGAAAAAAGAAGAAGAGAUGGAAGACACUCGACGAACUGAUAACUUCAUUGGUCACAACAUUGGGGGGGGGGGGGGGGAAACGAGAGGAAGAAAAACAAAUAAAAACCCUCCUUGGAACACCCCAAACCACAGGAGAUGUCCCCCAAUCAGCCCUUUGCUAGAUUGUCUCCCACGUGGGGGCGCAAAUGCUCCAAUUCAUCCCAAUUGUCAGUUUGCGUGUUCCCCACUUUAUCAACAAGCGCUUGAUUGUUAGCGUAACGAUGGCUAACGUUUCCACGAGGCUUCUGAUUUCGAAGAAGCCUCGUGUUGACGCUGGAUAUUGACAUCAGCGUAAUUCAAAGGAUAACGGCUAAUUUAGCCACCGCGCGCUUCUGUCAGACUCGGCUCGACGAAAUUGGACCUUUAUUGACGACGAUUGGCUGAAAACAUGACGGUCGUUAGCCGAGGUUGUCAGCAGAUCCCGAUGAACGUCCGGACCUUACGACACGGAAAAGACUUAAUCAAGUGGACGUGUGUGUUUUUCCCUUUGUUUACUUUAACACAUAAAAUGGUUCGGUGUCCACUGAAAGCCGUGUAGCUCCAAAUUUCUUUUUUUUUUUUUUUCGUCCCAAAAACGACAACAAAAAAUACUUUUGUUUUCAUCUGCCCUGCAAUGGCUCAGAACACAAGUCACAGUUUAAUUCGUAUCACAUUCCUAUUUGGCGUAUGUGUGACACUUCUUGGGAUCUCAAAGUGCUCCAAAAAUCCUGAUGAUUCUUUCAAUUUUUACAUGAAAUUAUGUCACGUGUAUGUUACAAAUGUUCCCUUGUAGAUUCAUUGCCAUUGAGAAGACAGUUAAGAGUUUUCGGAAUGCAAGCUGAUUGUUUUGUUUAACAUUUUUUUAGGGCAUGUACGUAUACAUUUGCAGUAUCGAGAAAAGACACAAGGAAGUCUGACAUUGGUUUCAUCCAUUUCACGCAGCUGUUUACGAAUCAUUUUGGCUACCCCGCUUGAAGCCAAUUUCACUCAGCAAAAUCGAAUCAAAGAGUCAAGUCUGUUCUGAGAAGAAGCACCCAAAAGUCGGCCAUUCCGGUCGCAUUUGGGCAUUUGAGUGUCAUUUGGACUAUUUCCAUGGGCGCUUGAAAAAUGGACUCAUCCUGGAGAUGUUGUCCCAUUGCUACCAAAUUUCAACCGCCAUUUUUAGGACGAUGGUUAACCACGGUUAAUUGCGAACCAUUUUAGUUAUCGUCUUUGCGUGUGGGCGGAGCAAGCAGCCUCGCCGUAAAACACAAAAUUCAAAUCAUUCGCCCAACCCCUAAGGCAAGUUUUUCACUUAAGAUGAUGAAGUUCGCUAGUCGUGUCUAUCGUGAGUCGACCCUCCCAAAAAGUCUCACGAACCGAUGCCCGAAAACGCACGGGAAGUCCGCCAUUUUGAUUUGAAGUGGCCAUUCGAGGCUCAUUUCCAAUUUUCCAAGGCUCCUUAAAUAAUUUCUUCAAAAAUGUUGUUUUGUAUGUUUUAUAUAAAAACGUGACUGCUCUUUGUUGAACUGUAUUUAUAACAAUGUUGUCUCAUCAAAUGGACAUUCUAUUUUUGUAUGUGCCUGCGAAGAAAACGGUCCGCGUGCUGCUCGGCCUUAUGAACGACUCAAAAAAACACAAACAGCCUGUUUUUUUCGUCUGUGUGUCCGCCGGUGUCCAGAGGAAAAGGUAAAUGACGGCACGUGGCGAGCGCUGCCUAGCAACAGCCUCUGCUAGUCCAUCAUCUCACGGCCCGUGUCAGCGACGGCCAGCUGUGAUUGGCGGCAUAAUCAUUUAAAUUUGGCCUCCAUUUUGUUGUUGUUGUUUUUUUGGGACGGCGUGAGGUGAGCGCUGUCACUCGCCUCUUCCUGAGCAGUUGAACUCACGACCCGACACUUGACCCCUUUUCGCCCCCUCGAGCUGUUGAACUUUCCCGCCGGGUGUCAGUGACACCGCCGCGCGACUGAGUUUGCACUUUAACGCAGCGUGGCCACCAUCUUAGGCCAACACAAACGCACACUGACUCACAUCCUCUCUUUUUUU